GAUCUACAAAGGGGGGAUGGUGGUGGGAGGUGUUAAAUCAGUUAUUUUGAUGCUGAACUCGGUCAGUUAUGUAUAAACUCCCAGAACAAGGCCUGGCGUUUAAAAAGUUCCUAACCUGCACUUAUAAUGGAAAUCAGAAUGCGGUUGUUUUUAUUUCAUCCCAGCAUUGCAGAGCGUAAGCAAAACGGGAAUAAAGUGCGUGAAGCAGCGGAAACGGGGAGGCGGAUGUGAAGUAGGCUAGUCCAGCCAAAUAAAUAAGAAAUGAACGCGUCUUUCUACCCAGCCUCACAACAUCAUGGAGAAGUAACCGACGCUGUGGAGAGAAAGAGAUGGCAACCAUGAUUUAAAAACGGGAAUAAUUAAAAGAAAACACAAAGGGAGGUUUCGCUUUGACCGGAGGUUAGACUACCGAGAGGCAGCGGUGCUGCGCCCGGGCUCUGGAGCGCCGGAUCCCGCUUGGAAGCCGAUGAAGGGUCGGUAGUGCCCGGGCCGUAUGGAGGUCCGAUUAAGUGACUUCUGCGGGGAUUGUUUUGGCAUGCAGAAGGGCUUGUGAACGACGUUUAAAUCGCCGUAGCAAAGGUCUCCAACCUCCCUUCACCCCUCUCCUCCCUGUGGAUCAUAGGAACGCCUUAUCAUCACCCUCUUCUCCCCGGACAGACCAGCAGAAGGAUUCCUGGAUCGUCUUUCAUCCUUAAUUCCUCGACUCUCUGCCCUUCUCCCACCCCCAUCACUUUCCUUUGUCAUAAUGAUUCAUGAAGUACUAUAGUGCCCUCAAGCGAGACAUUGCUCUGCUGUUGACUCUUAUGUGUUUGUCAAAAUGGACAGGUGUCCUAGGGUGUUAAGAGGGAUAAAUCGACAUUUAUAGUGGAAACGUGAUAUACAUGGCUGAUCUAAGAGAGACAAAAGGGCAAAAAGAGAGAUAGAAGUUUCAAACUGCCUCACAACACCUUGAAUGAUGACUAGUGGAACCUGGGAACUCUGAAGUGCCUUGCCCAAGGGAACAUCAGCAGGGCCAAAGAAAUGUACAGGAAGGAAACCAAAAUCCAAUAGUUUUUUUUAAAUAGAGUUGCUUUAGCAUCCAUCUGUACCUCCAUACAUCCAUCCUUUUCUCCAUUUUUCUUAGCUUCAUCUUUCCUCCCAUUCCCUGCUUCACUUUGGUCUAGUGGUGGAGCUUUUAAGCUAACGGGCCUACGUGUCUCCUUCCUUUUUUUCUUCUUCCCUAACUUCCUUCUCCCUCCCUCUUUGUUUUCUUUCUUUGGCCCACCUACCUGGCCUCCACCAUUCGCCCCUCCCUUGCAACAGCUGUCCUCCCCCUCGCCCCGCCCCAGUCAUCCUCCCUUCCCUCUCCACCUCCUCUGCCCCCUCCUCCCCCACCACCAUCAUUAUCACCACCACUAUCCUCACCCUCAGUCCCACCAUCACCAGCACCACCAUCACCACCCCCAGCUUUCCUCAUCUCCCCUCGCUUCUUGCCCCCUCCCUUCUCUGCCUCCUCCUCUGUGGUAACCAUGGCAAUGGCUGCCACGUCCUCUUCCCCGUCGUCCUCAACGUCGGCCAACGGCAGUGCCCGAGAGCACCUGCUGGCGGUCCGUCGGCGUACCCCGCACACCCGGCCAUACACGGUUGGGCCCGACAACCUCCGCAGCCUGUCGGUGCAGGGUGCAGUUGGAGCCUCCACCUCUGGGUCCUCCUCCUCCUCCUCCUCCUCCUCCUCCUCCACUGUGUCGUCAGGGAACCAACCAGAAAUGGCGGGGAUGGGGCUCCAGCGGGCCAAUAGUGACACAGACCUGGUGACGUCUGACAGCCGCUCAUCACUCACAGCGUCUACGUACCAGCUUACUCUAGGCCACAGCCACCUGGUCAUCUCCUGGGACAUCAAGGAGGAAGUGGAUGCCACCGACUGGAUCGGCCUGUACCACAUCGAUGAGACAUGUGUGGCCAAUGUGUGGGACUCCAAGAAUCGUGGCGUGAAUGGUACCCAGAGAGGAAAGAUCGUGUGGAGACUGGAGCCGGGACCCUACUUCAUGGAGCCAGAGACUAAGAUCUGCUUUAAAUACUAUCAUGGUGUAAGUGGAGCAUUAAGAGCAACGACACCUUGUAUCACUGUCAAGAACCCUGGAAUACUGGUGUGCAGUGAAGGCCAAGUGGAGGACCAGUCAGGGACUGAGCACUGUCGGAAACUAGUAAGCUUCACCCUAUCAGACAUCCAGGCAGUAGGCCUGAAGAAGGGCAUGUUCUUCAACCCCGACCCCUAUCUGAAGAUGUCCAUCCAGCCUGGGAAGAGGAGCGGCCUCCCCAACUUCACCCACCAUGGCCAGGAGAGACGCUCCUCCAUCAUUGCCAACACCAUUAACCCUGUGUGGCAUGGGGAGAAAUACACUUUUGUAGCUCUGAUGACUGACGUGUUGGAGAUCGAGGUGAAGGAUAAGUUUGCCAAGAGCCGUCCAAUCAUCAAGCGGUUUCUGGGUCAGCUGAUCAUCCCUGUGCAGAGACUUCUAGAGGGGCCGACAGCUGACGAUCAGCCAGUCAGCUACAGCCUGUGUCGUCGUCUCCCUACGGACCAUGUGAGCGGGCAGCUUCUGUUUAGAGUGGAUAUCACCUCCACUGGACAAGAAGAAGCCUCCCCAAACGCUGUGGGAAGCAUCUUGGGUGGCACAGUGAACGGUGACCCUGGCAGUCCCUCCGACGACGAAGACCUCCCUCACCCAUCCUCGUCCUUACACGUCACAUGUGGACCUUCACCCACAGGCUCCGAUGAAGGCUCCCCAUUAGUCAAUGGUGCUUGUUACUAUGGCGAUGACAGUGUGUGGCGGGAGCCUGGGCAGAUGGGAGAGGAGGAUCUGCUUCCUGUGGCUCUAGGCAGCCACACCCACCGGCAGGUGUCACUCAACGACUACCUGGAUGCCAUCGAGGCUCCCAUGAGCCCCGGGGACCGACCUCUGGCGGGGCCUUCACCGAAACUCCGCUCCAGCUUUCCAACGGACACACGGCUCAAUGCCAUGCUGCACAUAGACUCAGAUGAGGAUGAGGAGACUGCAGCACAGCACAGGGACCAAUCACAGCAGAGCACAGACUUAGCCUUAUCAAGGAGAUUGGUUACACCUGAGUCUCAACAGGGGAACGAGGGAUCAAUAGGGGAGCCACAGGGGCAGACUGGAGAUGGGGCUUGGCCUGGACCUGGGGCCACAACUGAGGCAAGUUCCUCUGCCAGUGCUCAGCUUGGAACUGAGCCUGCAGCGGCUGAUCCUGGAUCUGCAGAAGGUGCAGCUGGAGUCCAAACACAGGCAGGAACAUCAACCGCUGCUGAGACUGCAGCGGGGAUCGGAGAGAUUGCUGGAGCAUCAGCUGAGGCUGUACACAUUACUGGAGAAUCCUCCACAGCUUCCAGCUCAUCUCAGGCAUCAGGGGCUGAAGCAGUUGCAGCAACCGGGCCAGGGGAGUCCGUGGGUGAGUAUACCUGUCAGGAGCAGAGCAGCAGGACGUGUGCAAACCAGGAAGUAUCCUGCAAUCCCUCACUUGGUCCUCUUUCACCCAUUCAGGAGGUGGAGACAAGAAAAGAAGUGGCUCCAAAGGCAGAGGAGGAAGGGGCAGAGUCAUCGAGCAGUGAGGCGAACGGGCCAGUAGCAGCAGCUGCUCCUACCAGCAGCAACAUAGUUGACCAAGGAGGAGGGACUUCUGAAAAUGGAGGGAGAACAGGCGGCAGGAACAGGCUGGAGGAGCAGGAGGGAGGGGAAGUGUGGAGGAGGAGGCGGUCCAUGCAGGCCUCCGGAGGCGUGGCCCAGAACCAGGAGGUGUGCGGGGCCAGAGAGACUCAGAACGGGACAGCAGGUGUGGAGAGAGAUACAAGUGCCACAGCUCAGGCCAAUGGCCACCAGUCUGUUCGCUCCCUGCCAUCUGUCCGCCAUGACAUCAGUCGUUACCAGAGAGUGGACGAGCCGCUACCACCUAACUGGGAGGCUCGUAUCGACAGCCACGGUCGGAUCUUUUACGUGGACCAUGUGAACAGAACUACAACUUGGCAGCGUCCCACCGCCCCCCCUGCUUCGCAGACCCUCCAGAGGUCUAACUCCAUACAGCAGAUGGAGCAGCUGAACCGCAGGUAUCAAAGUAUACGUAGGACGAUAACCAAUGACAACAGACCAGAGGAGCAGCCAGCCAAUGAGCUGCCGGCGGACGAGACUGACAUGCACCCCUCCAUCCCAGAGCUGCGUAGGGACAACAGUGUGGCUCAGUCCAGCUCCAGGUCUCGCCUUUCCCUGCUGCUUCAGUCCCCCAGCGCAAAGUUCCUCACCAGCCCUGACUUCUUCACUGUGCUGCAUUCCAAUCCUAGUGCCUACCGUAUGUUCACCACCAACACGUGUCUGAAGCAUAUGAUCAGUAAGGUUCGUCGGGAUGCUCACCACUUUGAGCGCUACCAGCACAACAGGGACCUGGUGGCUUUCCUCAACAUGUUCGCCAACAAACAACUGGAGCUGCCCAGAGGCUGGGAGAUGAAGCACGACCACACCGGCAAGCCUUUUUUCGUGGACCAUAACUGCCGUGCCACCACCUUCAUUGACCCCCGGCUGCCUCUCCAGAGCUCUCGGCCCCCCCCAAGCCUCCUUGCUCACCGCCAACACCUGACCCGCCAACGCAGCCACAGUGCCGGGGAAGUCAGCCCACGACGACUGGUGGUUGAAGACCCUCGUCACACCGGCCCACCCGUUCUGCCGCGGCCUUCCAGCACCUUCGCCUCUGCCAACAGGGGGCAGUGCCAAGAUGUUGUGCCAGUAGCUUACAACGACAAGAUUGUGGCGUUUCUUCGACAACCAAACAUCUUUGAGAUUUUGCAGGAGAGACAGCCCGACUUUAACCGGAACCAUUCACUCAGGGAGAAGGUGCAGCUGAUCCGCACAGAUGGAGGGUCAGCAUUGGCCAGGCUGUCAGGUGAUGCCGACCUUGUCAUGCUGCUAAGUCUGUUUGAAGAUGAAGUAAUGUCCUACGUGCCUCCUCACACCUUACUUCACCCCAGCUACUGUCAGUCACCUCGAGGAUCCCCUGUCUCCUCCCCGCAGAACUCGCCUGGUACUCAGAGAGCUAAUGCCAGAGCCCCAGCACCCUACAAGAGAGACUUUGAGGCCAAACUGCGCAACUUCUACAGGAAACUGGAAACUAAAGGCUACGGCCAAGGACCAGGGAAGCUUAAGUUGAUCAUACGUCGUGACCACCUGCUGGAAGAUGCCUUCAACCAGAUCAUGUGCUAUUCCCGUAAAGACCUGCAACGCAGCAAGCUCUACGUCAGCUUUGUCGGGGAGGAGGGGUUGGACUACAGUGGACCUUCCAGAGAGUUCUUCUUCUUGGUUUCCAGGGAGUUGUUCAACCCUUAUUAUGGUCUGUUUGAGUACUCUGCUAAUGACACCUACACUGUCCAGAUCAGCCCCAUGUCUGCCUUUGUAGACAAUCACCACGAAUGGUUUCGGUUCAGUGGUCGUAUUCUGGGUUUGGCUCUGAUCCAUCAGUACCUGCUGGAUGCUUUCUUUACCAGGCCUUUCUAUAAAGGCCUACUGCGCAUUCCCUGUGACCUGAGUGACCUGGAAUAUCUGGACGAGGAGUUUCACCAGUCUCUUCAGUGGAUGAAGGACAACGACAUAGAAGACAUGUUGGACCUCACCUUCACCGUCAAUGAAGAAGUCUUUGGACAGAUAACAGAAAGGGAGCUGAAGCCCGGCGGAGCCAACAUCCCUGUCUCCGAGAAGAACAAGAAGGAAUACAUUGAGCGGAUGGUGAAGUGGAGGAUAGAGAGAGGAGUGGUGCAACAGACUGAAAGCCUGGUCAGAGGUUUCUACGAGGUGGUGGAUGCCAGGCUGGUGUCGGUGUUUGAUGCCAGGGAGCUGGAGCUGGUGAUCGCAGGCACAGCUGAGAUUGAUUUAUCAGACUGGAGGAACAACACAGAGUACAGAGGAGGUUACCAUGACAACCAUAUUGUGAUCCGGUGGUUCUGGGCAGCAGUGGAGAGGUUCAACAAUGAACAAAGACUACGGCUCCUGCAGUUUGUGACAGGGACAUCCAGUAUUCCCUAUGAGGGCUUUGCUUCUCUGCGAGGCAGCAACGGACCCCGCAGGUUCUGUGUGGAGAAAUGGGGGAAGGUCACCUCACUGCCCAGAGCUCAUACCUGUUUCAACCGGCUGGAUCUGCCACCAUACCCGUCCUUCUCAAUGCUUUAUGAGAAGAUGCUGACCGCAGUGGAGGAGACCAGCACCUUUGGACUGGAAUGAGACCCUCGUCUAUCCAACUAUCCAAUUCUCAGCUACCCUCAAUCUACCCUUCAAGGACUGCUGGUGGUAGUGAAGAGAGGUAGCCAUGACAGAAGCUGGACAAGGGUUCAAAAAGCUGUAUUUAAAGUCCAAUUUAUGGUUUGUGUUUAAUUUAUAAUGGGCUAUAUUUUCUAACAGGGGCUGAUAAGACCUUUGAACCAUGAAGCUUGCACUCUGACCUUUUGAAAGACAGAAGGUAAAUGCUUGUUUCGCACCUACUUAGUAACACACGCAUUCACCUGUGAUGAAUGAAGACCCACACUGCCUUUGGGACCAGAAUCAUAACUGCCAGGAUUUGACCAAUCAGAUGGGGUUUGUUUCAAUUUAUCUUUGAUACGAUGAAGUUAAGAUGUACACAUCAAAGAAGAAGCAACCACUGCCUACACUGCAAAAGCUGAGUGGGCUCAGCCUCUUUCUGGUUUGGAUGGACCUUGAAGUAUUUUAAGGCCUUUCCAGAACUCUAAGCUUCAGUGACGCCCUCGUUGUAGUACAGUGUCUCCUUGUGGCCUGUUGUAGUAACUGCACUCGUUUAGAUAGUGCAUUUGUUUCUCAAAGCCUUUUCGAGGACUGCCUGAAGUAACUUUUGCUAAAGUUUGUGGGAUUUUCCAGUGAACUUCUACAGCUGGUUUUGGAGUCCAGACAGAAGCUUUGGUAUUGUUAUUACAGUUUUUUCAUCUACCAGACAAAGUGAUUUUCUAAUGAUGAGUAGUGACAUGUUGUGAAUUGAAUGUAAGUAACUUUAUGAUAUAGAUUACGUGGGGAGUGAUUUUGUACCAGAUCUGGAUCAAUUGGCAAGAAAUAUUUGGCCACCACUUACUUGAGUUAAUAAUGUGUAGAAUAAGUUAUAUACAGUAUGUAACCAUAUCCAUUUACUUUGAUUGUAUUCGACUGAUUUGAAACUAGCUUUGAUCCAGGUCUAUUUUCUAAAGUUUAUAGUCUACACUCAAGAGGUGUAGAUUGAAAGAAAGUUGUAUAUCCAAAUAGACAAAGUAAAUUAAAUGUCCACAACCAGAGGCGGAUCUAUAAAAUUUUACAUGGGAUGGCAAAGGGGUGGUUUAGCAGGGUGGCAUGAGAGGGCAAAGGGUGGGGGUCCCCAUAUGAAAAUACAUGCUACUUCUGCAGAUAAAUAUCUAAGGGAUUUGCACUUCCCCCCUUCCUUUUUAUUUUCUAUCUGCAGUGCAAUCCAGCUGCUCUAACCUACAGUUGUCAGAAUGUGAAAGGAUUUCUUGGUAGAAAUCCAUGCUUUACAUUGUAGGAGCAUGUUGUUAAUAAUCUACAAUCAAUCAAUGAACAUUUGACAGUGAAUAAUAUUUAUCUCAUCAUGGCUAAAAUAUCUCCAGUCUGACUGUCAGGAAUCUAGCCUGUCUGUGUGCAGACUCAUGUGCUCAGAUUAACAGAUGGUUGUAAGAGGAAGAACACCUUGGAAUAUAUUUGUUUGUUAAAUUUAAAAAAUCAAUCCUCUGUCACUGCAGUUUUAAGGCUAUAGUCCCCAGUAAACCUUGACCAAAAUCCACUCUUUAUGAAUGAACUUUCAGAUUCAACAUUCCCUAAAUGUUAGAGCUUCAAAUGUAACACCACUGUCUUAACACUGUAAUGGUGCACCUACAGCUCUUUGAUAUAAAUUAUGAUUUGAGACUGAGUCUUGGGCUGUGUCUGAAAUCGAAAUGUACUAUGUAGUGCGCUGUAUUUACUGUCCGACAUUUUAUUUGAGUUUCUGAGUGUGAAAAGUAUGCAGUAUAGUGCCCUCAAAAUCCCAGCAAUGGAAAAAAAGUAGUGUCCAUAGCAUAUAUACUACUAUCUGCAAACAGUCCCACAAUGAAGGAUGUUGUUGCCCUCAAAAUUCCUGCAAUGGAAAAAAGUGCUUUGAGCCAAAUGCUAACAUCAGCAUGCUAACAUUUAUACUAUUUACCAUGUUCACCAUCUUAGUUUAGCAUGCUAACAUUUGCUCACUAGCAUUAAACACAAAGUACAGCUGAGGGAUUAUUUUCUGCAGGUCUUUGGUCAUAAGCCAAAGUACUGGACAAACUUUGACCUAAUGAUGGCACUAGAUGAAAAGUCCAAUGUUAAUAACCAAUGUUAUUACAAUUCAUCCUGAUGGGGACAUAAAUGUCUGCACCAAAUUUCAUGGCAAUCCAUUCAAAAGUUGUUGAGAUAUUUUAGUCUGGACCAAAGUGGUUAACCCACAUUAUUGGCAUCUCUAGAGCCACAUCAGUAACAUGGCUAAAAAUUGAGGUAUGAGGUAUGCAAGCAAUGUAACUUUUAGCUAAUGUUACAAUAAUGGACAUGCUCUGAUUAUUGAGUGUUAUAAAUUAGGGAUUUUCUCCAUAUUUCUUGCCUGUUUCAGUGCUUUGGACAGUUUAAGGACGUAGUGGUGAUUGAAGAUUACAUUAUUUUACAAUUACAGUUUUAAGAGCCGAAAGGCUGAGGGAACAAACUCCAUAGUAGGGGUGGUAGCCCCCCAUGCCUCCCUCUUUAUCCGCCCCUGUCACGCACACCCAAAUCAGAACCGAAACUAUUUCGGUUUGACUACAGCUUCUGGUGUAUUAUGUACUCAUAGAAGAGGAUCCUGAGACAUUAUAAUAAUAUAUCAACUGGCAUAAAAAUGUCUCAGCAUAUUAGAAUAAUAAAAUAAUACAUUUUCUUUUUAUUGUUAUUGGCUUGUUGUUCACCUUACACACUAUGACUAGAAGCUCCACAUGAUGGAGAGUUUUCUCUUUUCUCUGCUCUUUCUACACUUGUGAUGUUGACCACAUCAGUUGUACGGCUGAUUUGAUUACACAUGCUGUAUGUUAACUCUGUAAAAUCUCUUUUUCUGACCUGAAGAGUUGAACUCUGACACCGUUUAAUAGAUCCUCUAGAUUUGCACUCUGUCAUUAUUUCAAUAUUGAAUUAAUUGUAUCAACUCAAUGUUAAUGUUUAUGUUAAUUUAAUCAGGUUGUUUAGUGGAGUUCACAUGGAGAGCUCAAAGCAGGCACACAGUAAACAGUAAAAACCAUACUGUCCUCAUAAUAGAAAAGCAUGAACAUUUUGUAUAAAAUCCAUUUUGUAGGAGCUUGCAGUGAAUCUUUUCCCUUUUGUACAUGUAGAUACUUGUUACCGUCCUCUUCACUCACAUUUCCCCCUGCACUAUGAAUGUAAGCACGCCUUGAACUGCCACAUUGAAAUACACCUGUACACGUGCAGGCCUAAAAGUCAACCGCUGAGUUCCAGAGCUAACACAAACCCUUCUGAAGGCCUCAUUUUAUACACAUGGCAAAAUCCAGACUAUAUGGAAGCCCAUUUCCGCCAAGAAAAAUUAAAAAGAAUACAUGAAAAGUUCGGCCUGAUUAAAAAUAGAAAUGCUCAUGGUAAGUCAAAAUUUGACAUACUAAGUCAGAAUUAUGAGAUACUUAGACCAUAUUUACUCUCUUUUAAUUUUUACAUAGUAUUUCAUAAUUUUGACUUACUGUCUCAUAUUUAGUUGUAUCUUAAUAUAAGACUUUGUCUUAUCGUGAGUAUUUUUAGUUUCAUCUUGCAUAACUCAUCGAUUUUUUGUUUUCUUUUCCCGGUGGAAAUUGGCUUCCAUAAAACCAAAGUUACUACAGACUGCUACAGUCUGCUUUUUUAUGUGUGUUAAUGGGACAAAAAACUUUAAAACCUAAACAGUGCAUUUUGAGCACAUUUCAAACGGAUGGUGUUCAUUUCAAUUUUUUAAACAGAUUUUGAUAAAAGUCCUGGACCUACUGUUUUCCUUGUUUACACUUUUAGAGAAUGUACUCUAAUCCAGAAUACAAACUAACAUUAUUUCUGUAUGAAGUUAAAACUUGGGUUGGAACUUGGGUAAAUUUUCAUGUGCGAAUACAGUUUAAUUUAAAUUAGAUCAAAUAAUUCCAUUCUCAUAAUGAAAAUAAUUAUAUUUCCCUCACUGUCUGUCUAACCAGAAUGUACCAAAGUUAUCAGCCUAAACCGGCUGCCUCACAUCUAACAACCAACCACUCUUUCUGUACAGUCCACCUCACUUUUAAAUAUGAAUGUUUGUCAGCACUCCUCCUAAAAUAAAAUGUAAUUUCUCUAUGCAAGCUUUUUCUUCUUCUUUCUGUCACUUUGACUGUAAUUGAACAAACGGAGCAGUAUAAUAAAUGGAAAUGAAUAUU